AUGUUGCCCAAAAAGCGAAAUACUCAUUUAAAAAGAGCUCGACAGGCAAAAAAGUUAAAAUAUUCCAACAAAUCUGAGUCCUCUAUAGUAACAAAUAAUAAUAACAUUGAAGUAGAAUCAGAAUUAGUAUUAAACCAAAAUUUUAAUACAUUAAAUACUGCAAUAUAUAUUCCUUAUGAUUUGUCUGAAUCUGAAUCUAAUGAGUCUGAAUCUACUGAGUCUGGAUUUAAUGAGUCUGAAUCUAAUGAGUCUGGAUUAGAAUCUGAGAAUUUAUUUCAAGAAUUACAACAUUCAACUAAAUUAGAAUUUAAAUUGCAACAAGAAUUACAUUCAAAAGUAAAUAGUAUUUCUCAAAAUCAGCUUUCAAGAGCAAUUUAUAUGUUAAAUAAUAUGAUUUAUACAAAAGGAAAAUAUCAAGGAGAACUUAUUUCAGAGUAUUCUAUAGCAAGUAAAGAUAAAACAAAAGCUCAACAUAUUUCAAAAAUUAGAUCUGCAAUUCAAAAAGCUAAAAAAAUAACACCAGAAAAUUUUAAAAAAUCAGCUAAAAAGCUUUUUAAAUUUAAAAAUGAGUAUUCAGUACAAUUUUUACAAAUGGCUACAGAAAUUAGUAAUUUAGGGCAAAUUUCUUUAAAAUCAACAGUAGUAUGCACUAAAAAAUUUUAUGAAUUUAUUACUGGAGAAGAACCAGAAAAAUGGAUUAAUAUACAUACACUAUCAAGAUGGAAUAAAGAAGUUGCAGCUCUUCAACUUGAUUCAAAUAAACCUAAAUCAUAUGAUAUUUCUAAUUAUGGUUAUGGUCUAUUAGUAGAUGAAAGCAAAAGAGGAGAAAGCAAAAUUUUAAUAGUUGCUACAUCUUUUUGA